AUGGCUCAAGAAGGCAUCUUCAGCGCCAACCUCCUCUCUUCUGAGGUCAAGGCCGCUCUUCCUGAGGGCUACACUCUGCGUGCUUUGCGCAAGUCCGACUUCAACAGCGGUUUCCUCGACUGCCUACGCGUCUUGACCACGGUAGGUGAUAUUACCGAGGCCGACUUCGUUAAACAGUACGAUGACAUGGCUGCUGCUGGCAGCUACUACAUUAUCAUCAUUGAGGACACCUCGCGCAAAGAGAGUCCUGUCGUUGGAACUGGUGCUCUGAUCACUGAGCGCAAGUUCAUCCACUCUCUUGGCGCCGUCGGCCACAUCGAGGAUAUUGCCGUCGCAAAGGACCAGCAAGGCAAAAAGCUCGGUCUCCGAAUCAUCCAAGCGCUUGACCACAUCGCCGAGCAGGUCGGCUGCUACAAGAGCAUCCUGGACUGCAGCGAGGCCAACGAAGGUUUCUACGUCAAGUGCGGCUUCCGACGAGCUGGUCUUCAGAUGGCCCACUACUAUGAGGGCGAAAAGGGUAAAUCUCAGUGA